GCCGGGAAGAGGACGCGGGAGGAGGCGGUGGAGUGUGGGGUGGGACGGAGUCCCGUGCACGCGCGCAGAAUUGUGGCGCUGACAGUGCCACAUGCGCGCUAAUGCCGUCGUCGCUGACAAGGUCCUUGUCCGGGUCGCGAUCGGAAACACCUGCAGCUUCUGAUGGGCAGCACGGUGGAAUGGGUCCUGUGGUGGCGAUGGUCGGUGUCGGUGUCGGUGUCGGGAUGGGCGAGAUGGGAGUCGGGCCGCAGGCUGGAACGGCUAAUGGGCAACCUCAGGCGAAUGAUGUGGCAAUACUGGAUGCCGAAUGCCGAGAGGAGCUCGGAGCCAAUGGGACGGGGGAGGAGACGGAGACAGACUCUGACACUGAGAAUCGGAUGAUGGACAUAUCCGAUCUAUGUCCGGGAUCGCCGUCUGAACACGUAGACCUCGCAGCUGCCGGACUGCUUGCCACGUCAGCGGAGGGUGACGGCAGCAUUCUCGGGAAUGAUGACACGUGUCAUAGUACACAGAUGUUGCAAUCGGAAUACGUCCCACUGUCUCCACCGAUUUCGAUUGCCGCCCAGCCUGCUUCUCCUCCUCCCUUGGCCCUCCCUCCUCCUCCCCUUCUUCCCCCUCCUCCUCCUCCUGCUGUUUCUGGUGCUGCUACUGCUCCGGUUGCAGUUGCUGGUUCUGGUGCUACGACUCCUCCUCCUCCUUCUCCUUCGGCUGCUAUUUCUCUGUACGAUCUAUACGAGUUUGUGGUGAUGCCCUUUGGCCUAUGCAAUGCACCUGGUACGUUCCAACACGCGAUGAACAAGAUUUUUCAUGAGUACUUAGACAAGUUUAUCGUCGUGUACCUCGACGAUAUCCUUAUCUUUAGUAGGACUGUAGAGGAGCACGCUGAGCACAUGAAAAUAGUGCAAGGUCUUCUGAGACAGCACCAGUACAAGGUUAACUUGGAGAAAUGCGAGUUUGGUCGCACCAAGAUCUUAUACUUGGGUCAUGAAAUUUCAGCAGAUGGGUUGAGGCCAGACGAUGCAAAGGUGGCCAGCAUACAAGACUGGCCCAGACCUCAGAGUGUUACUGAGGUCAGAUCAUUUUUGGGGAUGACGGGCUACUAUCGUCCGUUUGUGAAAAACUAUAGUACUAUAACUUCCCCAUUAACUGAUCUAACUCGACUUGACACCCCUUGGGAGUGGACUGAAGAGUGUGAGGCGGCCGUCAGGAAACUGAAGUAUGCUCUGACACACUAUGAGGUUCUUAAACUUCCCGAUCCUGAUAAGCCAUUUGUCGUGACCACAGACGCCAGCCAGUAUGGCAUAGGCGCGGUCCUUGUGCAAAAGGAGGGGCCUAAGUUGAGACCUGUCGAGUACAUGAAUAAGAAGAUGCCAUCUCAAAAACUAGCAAAGUCCACGUAUGAGCGUGAGCUCUAUGCCCUAUAUAGAGCGCUGGUCCACUGGAGAUAUUAUCUCCUUGACAGAUUCUUCUAUGUGAGAUCUGACCAUGAGACCUUGCGUUGGAUUAAGACACAGCCUGUGCUCUCCGACGCACUCAAGCGGUGGAUACAAGUGAUAGACAUGUAUGGCUAUCAACUUGAUCCAAUCAAGGGCGAGUACAACAAAGUGGCUGAUGCACUAUCUCGUCGGGCAGAUUAUUUGGGCGCGUUGGUUACAAAAUUUGACAUAUCUAACGAUCUCACUCGAUCAUUGGUGGAAGCCUAUCAGCAAGAUCCAGUUAUAUCUGAGAUCAUCCGUAGAUUCCAAGCAAAGGACAAAAAGACUUUGGACGAAUUUGCGAUGGUAGACGGCUUGCUGUUUCUUGAGAAGGCAGGGAAUAAAAGCUUGUGUGUCCCAAAUAGUGAGUCUUUGCGUAGUUUAUUUUUAGCACGAUGGUUAAGCGGGCUACUGCAAUUGCAGGGAUAUGGACACGACUUCCGCGCUUGGGCAGUCAACCAGAAGCUGGAGGACUUCCUCAAGAUGGUGGAAGAUAGGUGGCAUGAUCCUCAGGAGUCCCAAAAGGCCACUGAUGUGAUCUUGACUUUGAGCAACAGACCGUUCAAGUCUGUGAGGGAUGCCACAGACGUUGUAGAGCGUCCGAUCUGUGUUCCUGGAGUACGCUAUGACCCCCAAGUCUUACCAACAACUUACCUGAGGUGUCUUCCCAUGCUACUCAGGAACCAAUUGGUAGGAGAGGCUAACAUCAAUGUGCACAACUUUCCUUCGUUUAGCAAGAAGGCCCUAGACCUGGAUGUAAAGAUAGGUCACGGGCACCAACCCACUACGGAUGGAAGGAAGAAAACACUGCCUCCCAAUUGGAGGGCGAAGGGUCUCAUAAUGUUCGUCGACAACGAUGGAUUCACCAUCGAGUUGGAUGACGACUUCCAUGAGGGAGUAGGUGUAGAGGCAGGCAGCGUGGAGGCUUCAGGGGGUGGAGCAGUCGCUGCCUCAGUUCAAAAAGGCAAGGCGACCGGUAGACGCCGCGGAGGCUCCCGGUCUAGGAGUCAAGUAGACCCCAAUGCUCCUCCAUGGGAGAAAGCGGGUCUCAUCGAGGACAUGUGGAGAGAUCAGUAUACUCGGCAGGCUUGUAUCCGUUGUGGCCAAUAUGGCCAUAAUCAAUUCAAAUGCCGAAACAAGAAGGUAACUGAGAAGAUCCCGCCUACAAUGGGGCAGGCGAUGGGAUCCUCCGCUGCCUUAGGUAGCAAUGUUGCCAGCCGUUCUGGCACAACUCCGGGAAACACGACUGUCGAGGAGCACGUUGGCCACUUAUACAAAGUCCUUAGUCUUCUACGACAACACCAGUUCAAGAUCAAUGGGGAGAAAUGCGAGUUUGGCCGCACCCGGAUCUUGUACCUGGGUCACGAGAUUUCCGCAGAGGGAUUAAAGCCCGAUGACAUGAAGGUGGCCAGCAUUCGUGACUGGCCGCAUCCUCAUUUUGUGACUGAGAUGAGGUCCUUCCUAGGGAUGACCGACUACUACCGCAAUUUUGUAAAGAACUUUAAUAUAGUGGCCGCCCCUUUGACGGACCUAACCCGCCUUGACACCCCGUGGGAGUGGACAAACAUGUGUGAGGCUGCUUUCAGGCAUCUGAAGCAUGCUCUGACGCACCAUGAGGUGUUGAAACUUCUUGAUCCUGACAAAUCGUUUAUAGUAACCAAGGAUGCUGGCCAAUAUGGCAUAGGCGCCGUGCUCGCGCAGGAGGAGGGGCCAAAGUUGAGGCCUAUUGAGUACAUGUUCAAAAAGAUGCCCUCUCAGAAGUUGGCUAAGUCCACCUAUGAGAAGGAGCUCUAUGUGAUUUACAAAGCGCUAACCCAUUGGAGGCACUACCUCCUUGGGAGGUUCUUCUACGUAAGGACUGAUCAUCAGACCCUGAAGUGGAUGAGAACCCAGCCGGUGCUCUCAGAUGCCUUGAAAAGAUGGAUCGAAGUUAUUGAACAACAUGACUUUGAACCUCAGUACAUUAAAGGAGAGUACAAUAGAGUUGCUGAUGUGCUGUCGUGUAGGCCAGACUUCCUCGGUGUGCUGAUCGCUGAGUUUGGGCUUGCGGACGAUGUUACUCGUUCUUUGGUGGAAGCCUAUCCUGAGGAUCCGUUUAUGUUUGAGAUCAUACCCAGACUCGAGGCGAAGGACAAAGCGACUUCUGCCGAGUUUGAGUUGGUCAACGGCCUGCUGCCCGGUGAGAGCCUGUCCAUGGACUUCAUGGACACGCUGGUCACCAGCAAGAGUGGAAUGCGAUAUGUCUAUGUCAUUGUGGAUAGGUUUAGUAAGUAUGCUAGAUUAGUCGCAAUGCCCGCAACAGCCAAGAUUGAGUACGUAAUCAAGCUGUUCAAGGAAAACUGGGUCAGGGACUUUGGAUUGCCAAAGUCUAUUGCGAGUGAUCGGGACGUGCGAUUUACUAGUGAACUGUGGAAGGCUGCAGCUGCAGAACAGGGUACACAACUGCAGAUGACCUCCGGGAACCACCCAGAGGCAAACGGGCAAGCAGAGCAGCUGAACCGCGCUGUUCAACACCUGCUGAGGCACUACAUUAAGCCCAACCGGGUGGACUGGGAUGAGAAACUGGCUCUCAUCGCCAGCCUGUACAACAGUGCUGUGCACAGUGCAACAGGGGAUGGAGUGCCUGGAGACCAAGCUGGAGCGAUGCGCGAUCAGGUGAGUCUCAGCUACCCAAGUGAAAAAUUUUCUGGUCUCGUCCGAUAUCUACGAGUGGCUGCAAGGAUUCCCAGCAAGACGGCUAGAGAUGUUGCUUUGCGUAUUCGAUGGAUGGCAAAAAGGGACAUGAGCAAGAAGAGGAAAGCAGAACAGGAGAACCUCAAUAAGAAGAGCAGCAAGGACAAAAAGGACAGAGUACUUAGACUGACCCUAUCCACUUGUUCUUGUAAUGUUUGAAGUUUUGGAUUUUGUUAUCAUUGGCAUUGUUUGUGAUUUUUUUAGUGAUCCAAAUCAACUGUCAUUUCAACC